GUUUUACAAGUUUGCACAAUACAUGCUUGCUGUAAUAAAGGAUAUUGUCUGAUGAAAAAUGAGUACAGUGUGUGAAGUAGGUUUGGAGUCCCCAUUUAAACCAGCAAUUAAUGAAGCUGAUACUCCAAGAGAAGAAGCCUGUAGCAAAUAUGGCUCAGAACAGGAUAAUUUAGAAUCAGUCGACGUGGGGGAUGUAGAGUCAGUAUGUAUGGAGAAUGCAGAGUCAUUAUCAAGCUACCCCAAUGAUGAAAUGAUUACAGAGAGCGAGAUUAAAGAAGAAACAAAACAUGAAAAAGAGGGGGAGGCUGAAGAGGAAGCUGAAAUUCAGAAAAGAAAAGAGUUAUGGUUACAUAUGGAUCAAAACACGAAGGAAGAGAGAUAUAAACGUCUUCAGUAUCUGUUAAUGAAGAGUAAUAUGUAUACAGAAUAUCUCCUUAGACGUAUGGAAAAACAGAGGGAGGAAGAAAAGAAGAGAAAAGAAAGACUUAUCAAUAAACAGGCCAAGGAAGAGGAGAAAAAGAAAGAAGAAAAGGACAAACAAAGCACUGAACCAUCACAGACAACAGACUCUAGAAAAACACGGGGAUCAUUAAAACUUCGAGCACCAAUUCCUAAACGAAUGUCAAAAACCAAUACUCCAACAACUUCACCAGCAACUGCAGGUGUUGACAGUAAUAAAACUCCUGAAGUAGAGGCAGCUAAAGUUGAUGAUGAAGGAACAUGUUCUCAGACUGAAGCAAAUACUGAACAAAGUUCUCCUACUGCAGAUAAAGAGAAUACUUUUACUAAAAAGAAAACUAGAAACAGUCUGAAACCGCCAGAUGAAGAAGAUUUUGUGAAAACUUUGAGAGGAUAUCUAGGAAGUAAACUUAUACCAGAUGAAACUAACGAGGAAGAAUUUGAGGAAGCCUCAGAAGAAGACCCUCUUUAUACAGAGUCAAAGAAAGGCAGAAAAAGGAAGAACAUGGAUUAUAAUGAACAAUCACCACAAGGUGCCAAAUUGCUCACAAACAUUUUCCAGUUCAAGAAGAGAAAAGUGGAAGAUGAAGAUAAAAGUACAGCAAUCAAAAUAGUGAGUU